GAAACACGUCUAUAAAUAGCGCCGUCAACAUGCUUAAAUAGCGCGUGGCGCGCUUUUCAGAAGGGGUGCUGCUUAAUGAAGCGCACAGCACCGGACACCGCGCGACCCUUUUAGUUUUCGCAAAGCCGCGCACCACUCCGGGUAUAAUUUCGGCAAAUUUUCGCGUAAUUAGUCAUUAGCGCUGUGACCUCGCUGUGCGAUGGACAGGCGCUAGAUUUCCAGCAAAUAUCUAGCGCAAGAGUGAAAAUAAAAGUGGCGGUAGUCUUUCUGAAGAAAUCCAAAAUGGUUUCGGGAUUGGCGGAGAGCGCAGGAUGCGCUUCGAGUACAUCCGACGCAGACGAUUGGACAAAUUGUCCGGAAAACUUUGAUUCUUUACUCUGCUGGCCCCGGACGCCAUCAAACAGCGUCGCGACCAUGUCUUGUUUUGCACAUUUAAACGGAAUACGCUACGACACAACACAGAAUGCAACGCGGGAGUGUCUCUCAACGGGUACAUGGGCAGAAUACACGGAUUACAGCAAUUGUCGCGAGUUGGAGAAUGAGCACAUCGUCAACGAUCACGUGUCGCAUUCGAUCGAACUCACCACCACAAUUUAUCUCUUCGGAUAUACUGUUAGUCUGAUUGCGCUCGCUGUGGCUGUUUACAUUUUCUGUCGAUACAAAGACCUACGUUGCUUGCGCAACACAAUCCACAUGAACCUAAUGAUCAGUUUCAUCCUAGUGGACUUCGUCUGGAUCGGAACACUGCUUCUACAAGUUUUCCUCGCGCAGGAAAUCUUCACAUGCAUCUUUCUCAUUAUUCUUCUCCAUUAUUUCCACCUAACAAAUUUCUUCUGGAUGUUUGUGGAAGGGAUGUACCUCUACGUCUUGGUGGUGAAAACGUUUCGUGGCGACCGCAUAAAACUCCCACUUUGUGUCAUAGUCGGCUGGAUUCUCCCCGGCGUGUUUAUUUUAACAUGGUGCAUCGCAAAAGCAUGGAAUUUGUAUCAAGAAGACCCGCAUGAUUUCGAACAUCUCAAGAGUUGUCCGUGGAAGAGUGAUGGAUUAGAUUGGAUCUAUCAGGUGCCAUCUAUAUUUGUUCUGAUAGCAAAUGUUAUAUUUUUGAUUGUUAUUAUGUGGGUUUUAAUCACAAAACUACGAUCUGCCAACACAGUUGAAACUCAACAGUAUCAAAAAGCUGCCAAAGCUCUCCUCGUGCUUAUUCCUUUGUUAGGAAUGACAUACGUUGUGGUUUUGGUGGGUCCCAGCGAACCGGGACUUCUUCGCAGUUGCUACGAGUGUUUACGCGCCGUUUUAUUAUCAACUCAAGGUUUUACCGUGGCUGUGUUUUACUGCUUCCUCAAUACCGAAGUGAAAAAUACAGUUACGCAUCACAUUAAUUCCUGGCAUACUCAUCGCAGUUUAUCACAGAGAUCAUCAAGUCAACGCAAUCGAAACAGCAGUCGUGAUUGGUCCCGGCGAUCGAAAGGCGACAGCAUUAGAUUGUAUCAAACGGUCAACAUGUUCAAGAAACGCGAAUCUUCUUGUUCGGUGGGCACGACAACUUCUUUGAUCGCAGGCGUGAACCGGAACAAUUCACAGCAGCGUAGAGCCUUUUCAAUUCCAGCGACAAACUCAAACACACAGAUUUAAAGAAAUGAUUAAAUUUAAAAAACAACCCCUGAAGCCAACCCUGCCUACCCUGGUCCACUUCACUCGUCGCCGGGCAGCGGCGCUUUUAUAAAUGUCAUUCCUCUUUGCUUCGGUUUCGGCGUUAUUCUCUCUCUGCAUGCGUGCGCCAAGCGCAACAAUUCCACCCAGCUAAAACCCACCGCCAAGAUAAUG